GGAACUGGAACACCGUCUUUAGUGGAGGUCAAUGCGGUUGUUUAGUAGCUGUAAAUUAUUCAAAUGAGAAAACCUGUUUGUACGUCUUGCGGUGUUCACUCCGUGUAACUAAGUACUCAAAGAAGAAAAAUUUGCAUUUUUAUGUUGUGAUAUGAGUUGGGCGGAUGUAUCAACAACUAUAUUAUAUGUCGACGUCGUCACAACGUAAAGGACAUUGCCCUUUGGGUUUCUGUGUAUAUUGCUUAGGUUUACCAUCGAAAUAAUGGAAGGAAAAUAUACUGGCGUUUAGACAUGCAACGAGACAAUAGGCUUAGCCAACCGCCCCGUUCCAAGUCGCUCAAAAGUUCAGUGAAACGCCGUGUUGGUCGAUUCAGCCUUCGCAAGCUUUCCGCUCCAGAUUCCCCUGAAAAGCAAUUUGAGUCUGAUUUUCCGAAACCUAGAGCCUCUGUGGUAAAGAGCAGGUCUCUGGGAUCUUCCUGGUGAGUUUUCGGAGAAGUAUUUGUAUCAUCUUUAAAUUUCAUGUAUUAUAUAUCCCCUCGUAAUGAGUGUGUAAGAAAUAAGUCGAAUCGACUUUCCUGCUUUUGUGCCUUUUUAGCCACUUACUGUAAAAAAGCGAGCCUUAUUCAGCUGUUUAUAUAGCAAAGUAUAACGUGAAUUCUAUCAUGUAUUUAUACGAAUUUGAAUUGCAUCAUUCGUGUAUUAUACCCGUUGUACUUUAAUGCUGAACUAUAGAAGUAUAGUAUAGUUCACGAAUGAAAUCAUUCCGCGGUUAACCGUUUCUGGACAUCACAUUUCUGUGUUUUUUUUAUUAAUAUGCCACUCGAAAAGCUCUCGUAUAGCAUAUGUUGGGCUGUCUAAAACUUAGUUAUUAUGGUUUGGAGUCCAAAAGCAUAAUUACACAUCGCAAUUUACGAGGUGGUUUACGGCUAUUUAUGAAUUAAUAGUGGCAAAUUGUUGUGUUCGCCGAAACCUCACUUAAAAAUUAAUAUAUUAAUGCGAAAUCUUUUCAUCCUCGUGAACAGGUUGUUUAGAAUUUAAAGCGAUACACUGAACAAAUAGUAGAGCUAGCGUCGUUUUACAGUAUCGGAAUAGUAUAUUGCUCAAUUUGAUAGCUCGGUGUCCUGUGCAGGUAAAGCGUUGUUUAAACAAAGAUGUGUGUUUUUGACAGGCGGGAUGCCUGUUGUUCCCAGUACGAUGUGAUCCCCGCCUUUGUUUGUACUUAUAGAUUAUAGAAGACAGCUUUUGAAUAAUAUGAUAAAUUGCACUGUUUUCUACGGAUAGGCUUCCAUUAAUAGUUCAGUCUGGGUUAGAUACGAUAGCUAGCCUAUGAUGGCUAAUUAUAAGGCGUGAUUGCUCCGUCAUUUCAAUUACAAAGUACUUGUUUGUAGGCCGUUCAAAAUAGUAUGAUGAAUAGCUAACAUUGGCAGGCUUUAGUCAAGGUUACAAACAACACUUUGUAAUUGAAAUGACGGAGCAACAGUCUAAGACAAAGCAUAUAUCGAGAUAUACAGUAUAUUUGUUCAUACGUGCGUGAUUUGCUGUAGCCUGUAGGCGAAAUAUACGCCGGGAAGAUGAUCAAGGCACAAGUCCGGCAGUCGGAAAAACGCUCUUCGACUUUGUCGUGAAGGCUAUAUUAUAAGGAAGAUUUUUUUUACUUUGUCUUUGAGUAUGUUUUGAACAUUGGAGUUCAAAGUGGAGUUUUUCAGUUUUCAAAAUGAAAUUAAGUAUAGCCUAUAAUAUAGGUUGGUGCCGAUAUUGUCUUCCUAUCUAUUGAGGUAUUACUUCUUAGCCUUGCUAUAAGUAUAAGUCUUUUAUAGCCGCCCUUAGUCAGGGCCGAGCCAAGGAACUUUUUGUUGAUCGAACAAAGGCUCUUUGUCAAAGGCUCCUUGACAAAGGUUUCUCAAUGCAGGCACUUUAUAUGUCGCCUAUAUUGACGAAUUUCUAGCUUGAUGUAUUAAAAUACAAUUUUGAUACUGUUUUUUCUUGAGAUGAUGCUCUCUGAAUGCAUCCACAUGUACUUGAAUGGCAAGCUGAAAAUUUUGUUUGUUUGCGGUUGGGAAUCGAACACGCGACUUUCAUAGUUUGCUAGUCCAAUGGCAAUGAUCUACCAACUGAGCUAGGACGUCGAGUCGGCUCGAGUUGGUGAUAUUUCGGCGUAAACCAAAGGUUGCUGAUUGGAUUCACCCAUCGCUGGGUCAAGCAAGAUUUUCAGACUACCCGAUGUGGAUACCAGUUCAUAGAGGAUCAUCACAAAUAUCUUCACCUGAGACAUACGACAUAAGUUAGUAUACAUACACUCUAAAAACACCCUGUUUAAAUUUCCUCGUUUCCACUGGUUCGUUUGCCGAUCACUAUCGCGCGGCUAAUUCAACUAGCAGGAUUCCUGGUUAAUUUAUAAUCAGGCUAAAUGGUUGAAGUAAGGUGGAUGGCCGUUAACCAGAAUGUAUGGUUGCAGUAUGUUAGCUGGAUUAUUAACCAGGAAUCCUGGUACAGUUCAGCUUUUUGAAUGAUGCGCAAUUCCAGCUUUUAGGGACCGGUCAUUAUUUAUGGCGGGGGGUGGCACCGAAGAGAAAAUGGUUGGGUAAACUAAAUUUUGAGUAAGUAAAAGGGUUGGGUAAAUGAAAAACAAAACAACUCAAGGGUUGGGUAAUAAAAAGUUAUAGUCAUUUUCAAAGCAUGACUCACUUAAAUAUUGGAGAUUGAAAAGCAAUGUCAACAGUCAUAUGUCAAUACAAUAUGUGAAUCAAUCAGUCACUGUCUUGAUCAUUUUCCAAUUUGUUAGAAGACAAAUUAAUGGUGCCUCCAAAGAAAGCACAUGUGCAGACAACAUGAUACAUUAAACUGCAGCAAAUUAAUUUCACAAGCUGAGUUAUCAAACUCCUGUCACAGAAAUCGGGUAAAGGACAUAUGUGACAACUGAAUGGUAACCUUUUGUAAAGUUUAAUUUUGGCCAGGGGUGGGUAUUUAUUUUUUACUUGAUAUUUGAGGUUGGGUAAUCAAAUUUUUGACUUUUUAAUGGUUGGGUCAGCAAAAUUUCUGCCACGAAAAACAUUUCUCUUCGGUGCCACCCCCCACCAUAAAUAAUGACCGGUCCCUUACUACGAUGGGAAGUAAGGUAUCACAUUGCUGAUUAUGCUGAAAAAAAUAGAAAUGGUGGCCGUGUAAACACGGAGUGAUAGCUUAUACUUGUAAAUAUUGAAAUAUUCCGGUUGUUUCGGUAGUUUUUAUUGACAUUUUUCAGCAUAAUCAGCACCAUGAUACCUUACUUCCCAUCAUCCCCUGCAGGCAUAAACUAAAAGCUGGAAUUGCCUAUUCAAGAUCAGUGAUUUCAAUAUUUUUAACAUUUUUUUAACAUUUUUAAUGUUAAAAACAUCGAGUUUGCUGAUCUUGAAUUAUGCUUAAUUGAUUUUCCUAGUUAUUUUUUUCAAUUAAAUUAAAUUAAAAGGGUUGUAAUGCGUAUUAAUGGUUAAACUAACCAGUAAGUUUAGCCUGCAGGAACGUUAAGUUACCUCAAACAGUGUUAAUUUUAGAUUCACAAGGAAAUUUUGAUCCAGGAUGUUUUUAAGAGUGUACUACACUCACUGCGCGGUUUUGAGUGUUACACUAUCUUGUUGACUAAAUGGCUUUCCCAGAACUCCAGAGGCUCAUCGUAUGAUCAUCUCCUGAUCUUGGAGCAACGCCAACGUAUAGUUUCUGAGAGUGAUUAGCAGUGAUGAAAUGUUACGAGAGUUUUAUGGGAAUAAGGAACUAUAUUAAGAUGCGGUUUUUUUCAGUAUCAAUAUUGAUUCUGUUUUGACUUCGCACUCCGGCACACGUGGGAGGUAGUAUCAAACACAUGAAGCGAGAUAAAAACCGAGUAAAAUAUGCAUGAGCUUUCGUUGUAAAAACUGUGGACUGCUAUUCGUUGAGACAUUAAGAAAGUACAAACCUUGAUACGUGUAUAGAGUUGGCGUUAAUAGUAUAGCAAGUUUAAACUGGUCUAAGAGAUUAAAUAAUUAAGAGAAAAUGAAAGAGAUUGGGCCGCUCUAUAUAUGGGUAAAAUUUGGCUACGAGUUCGUUCGUUUAAAUUAAAGAUCUUUCGGGAACACAGUCACGGGAUGACGCGGAAAUGGGAUGAAAGAUGAGAAUAUCACCGUUGUUUUUCAGUGGAGUCUGGGUUAGGGUAAGGAAUUACAUCGGUAUACCGUACGUAAACGUGCAUUAUUUACAAUACAUAAAUAUAACAAGAAUUAAUGUAUGCAUAUGGGCUAUAGAAAGUGAAACAUGAGAGGAAUCAGGAAGUAAAGCGAAUAUAAGUAAAAAGAAGGAAUCGGAAUGAUUCAGGAGACAAAUAUAUACAGAUACAACUACAACUAUUUGUUACUCUAAAUAUUCCUCUCUAAUCAAAUACGUACAUGACCGUGUUUAUAUAUACAAGCUGGUAUAUAGGCUAUAAAUCAACACGAUGUCACAGAUGAAACUGUAACACUCUUGUUCUUUAAAUAUAUGUCUUGUCAAUUUUUUCUUGACAAGUUUUCCUUGCCAGCCAUGCCAGCUUUUGGACAAGGAAAUUAGUUCGUGUGUAAAACGCAUUGAACUAGGUAAAACGUGACAAGUGUACACGAAAUACUUCCAUGCUUUUAAUACUUUUGGCAAACAAAAGGUGGCCUUGACGUGAGAUAAAUCAGUUAACAACAUUCCGUGUACACGACGACAGAACUUGUUAAGAAAAACUUAGCCUGCUCGCAGCCCGAAGGCUAGGAACUGAUUCAGUGUCAAGGACUCGCAACAAAACUGUUUUGUUGCUUUCCUUGACAAGUUAACUUGUCAUGGAAAACUUGUUGACCGCACACACGCGAUCGUCUGAGCGCUUUAUCUUUGAUCUUUGCAGUUUUGUUUAAUUAUCGACGAUACAUGCAGGGAAGGUAGCCACUAAAAGUCUUUAUAAAGAGUUGCAGACGUGUAACAUUCCCCACCGAGCUUCUCACGGUGGGAACUCAAACGUGAAAAUCACGAUAGCAAUUAAAUCUCAAAUUAAAGAAGUAUUAACAUUUAUAAAUUAUAGUGAUUAUACAAUGCGUUCUGAUAUAGCCUUUUGAUAAAUGGAAUUUUCGCACGAUACGUUAUAACUUAUAGUUAUAUACAUGAUUAUCCAACCGCUCUCGCACCUGAAAACAAUCAAAACACUCAUCUUCGUCCCUGACGUCUUCCAGUGAAGAAAACGUGGGUUUCCCGCAGUUUUGUAGGUAGCCUGCGAACAGGCGUUUAUUCACGGCCUCGUAUUCGCAAGCUACAGUAUAGGUGGCCGAAUGAACGAUGCACUAGAAACUUGAGGGAUAUUACAGGAUACAUAAGAACUUCGAUCGAAGUGUUUACUGAAAUCCAUAUAUUUCCAUGCAGGUUUUAGUUUUCUGCACUAAAUAGCCGCAUUCCGGCUAUAACUUGAAAAACCAAAGACAAAUUUGAGACACAAACGACGUUCUCACGCAGUACCACUGCAGUGCUGCACACUAUGAUAUGGUAGUUUCGAAAUCUGUUUUGGUUUACCACUAUAUAGUAUAUAUAUAAUAACAAGACAUAAUAAUUCCACUUCCCACGCAAUCAACACAUAACUUCCCACGUUGAUUUCCAAGUUAUGCGGCUCGCUGUAUUUAGUGCAAACAACAAAAUCCAAAUAAAAACAUGGAUUAACCUUUGCUAACUGCUCACUGUCAGGUGUAAAGUCCUGUUCAAAUAAUGUUCCGAUGUUGGUCAAAUAUUGACAAUAUUGUUGGACGAUGUCGUACAACGGUCCGGCAAUGUUGGAUCUCGAUUCGCGUUAAUUAGCCCGUGUCCCGCAAAUUAUUCUGGAGCCUUGAAGUUGAAGGAGGGUUUCCAAUAGACUUGAAGUGGUGCUUAACAAGAGAAGCUAGUGCAGCUGUAGUAUAUAGCCACCGACAAGCAAAUAUAAGCUUGCUGUCUCCAUUUUGAGUAUUUUAAAAAAUAAAUUUAAGAACUCGUCAUCUCUUUUUUCACCUUCCGUAGAAACACCGGACAUAACACUAUUUUAGACGACCUAAUCAGUUUGUUUACAUGCGUGGGAAACGUACGUUCAGUGCAAAACUUGAACCAAAUAUGUCAGUGAAAUUUGUCAAAAAAACCCGAUAGAAAUUGCUCAUGCAGUUGACAUGAUCGAACAUGCUUUAGAUGGGAAUCAUAAAUUUGAAUUAGAUCCUCUGGAGUUAAAUUUACGCAUGUCAAAUUGGAAUGUUGAUUUUGAGUCCAGAGUUCAGAAUUUGUGACAUUUUAAUUUGUAUGAUAGAUUCGUCGCGACAAUAUUCCGUGUACUUACGAUGGAUAAAACUUGCCUCCAAUCUCUGUUGGCUCGUUAGCUCAAUAAGUAGAGUUCAAAUUCCGCUCGCUUGAGUCAACUUCGAUCUACAGUUGGUUCGACAGUGUCAUAAAUCAUGUUGGAAAUUUUUUCUUCAUUUUUUCCUGAGGAUGGAUUUGUCCUUCUCGUAGGAGUUUGGGGUGCUUCACUUUUUCUCAAAAGGCUAUAUAAAGUAGAUGCAAUGACAAGUUGGAGGGAUUUUCCCAAAGAAUAAAUGUUUCGUAUUUCUCUGAUUAUAACUGUGAGAUCACCAGCUCAAUUUGAAACCGAUAGAACAAUCUAAGCAUAAAUAAAAUUAGUGUAGUUGAAAUUGUGGUUGGAGGUUUUGGUCCACAUUUGUGAAAAGCAAGCACACGUCAUCCACACACAACUUGCCUCAAGCAAGAAUAUCAAAUUGAGAAUAAUCUCACCAAAAACCAGUCGGUAACCCAAACCCGGAAACGCACCUCAAUUAACAUAAGUCGCGUCACCAAGGGUAAAUACCGAAUUCACACACAAACAACUAAUAGCGCACAUCCUGCCCGCAUAUAAACUGACAGAGUAAAUCUUCUCUGCGUCAAAAUAUGGUUCGCCGUCGCAAAUACAGAUUGGCAAGACUGAAGCCUGAUUUUACCAUUAUCACAGGGUAAGCUUUCUACCGUAUUUAUCACAAAGCAAUUUCGUUUUGAUGAAUUCGAUCUUAUCAAAACUAUAACCUGAACGGCGCCGUCAGAUUUAUAUUACAUCGCAUUUGGCGUUGUAUUAAUAUAUUAUCCCCGUUCUAAAAUAUUAUCCCGACUCAAAUAUUACAUCCGUUCCAAACUUAACCAUUGAUUGAACGUUUUUGUAGUAGUUUCAGCACAUUGACCUUUCAUAUUGUGAAAGUAUUUAAGAUCAAUUGAUGUUCAAUCAAUAAAACUAACACGACCCACCCCAUUAUUGUACAGAACGCCGUAUUAAGAUAUUUUGACUUUCUUAUCUUUGAUAAUAUUCAUUCGUAAAUUGUACUAUCCCUGAACAAAAUAUAUAAACGCGAUUUGUGAGAAUACGAGCCAUUUCUAAACGCUAGUUUUAGAUAUUUGUAUGGCAAAGCGUGCCCUAUCAUAUUUCACGUCAGAAGUUGUAAAAAACAAUUGUCGGUCCAUCACCUGUUGGGCCAUGGACAGUGUUGUAUGAUGAGUCGGUAGAAUAUAGACCUCCAACAAUAAUGUUAGCCCAACAUGCUGAACUAGUUUUAUCUUUUUUUAACUAUCCUUAGUCGAGUUAAUAGACAUUUACGUCCAGUUUAUAGACAUUUAUGGAGAAAAUUUCUGUAGCAAUGCAUAAUAUCGUUAAUGUGGAUCUAUUUUAUUACAAGUGCAAAAUAAUCGUGCGUUCGAGCGUGCGUUUGCGCACGCAUCGGAUUCAGAUGAGAAAAUAAAGUUGCGCAUUUCGUGUAAAUAAAGUUGCGCUCGAAUUCAUUGCUUCAACGCGCUGCCAGAAAUCGCAUUGUUCUCUACAGGACGGGGGCGUAAAAGUGACAGGCAAGGGUUGGUGUGGUCGAUGUGGAUAGUUCUAUAAGUUUCUGUGGUUUGUGUCUGACUACGUGAAAAGUCAGACCAGAUUCAAAGCAUUUCAAAGUUAAUUGGGAAUAUUAGUAUAGAAAACUGCAAGUUGAGGCCUGACAAGUUCUUUAGAUUGAUGUGUUUUUAUAUAGCUAGUGUUUAGUUUAUCACCCAAAGUCAUUCAUAGUAAAAGUGAAACUACUAAUGAAAUUGUUGCAGACUAAGCAAGCACUAUCGUGCAACAGCUGGUGUCAACUGCAAUCAACUGCAGUUAUCAGAGAAAAUAAUGUUAGUUUUUCAUUAUAUGUAGUAGCCAACGGGGGUCUAUAAAAAGAUGUGUCUUUGACAUAAUCCGGCACCCACUCAAAAUUUAUUACCAUCAUGUGAUUUUCACGCAGCAAUCUCUCAAUUUUAUUACCAUAUAUUUGAUGAUAAAAUUGAGAGAUUGUUGCAUGAAAAUCACAUGAUGGUCGUAAAUUGCCAGAUUAUAUCAAAGAGACAUCUUUUUAUGCGGCAUUGCAACCCCCAAAAAAGCGUUUUGCAGCAAAACGAGUCAGCCUAACAAUCAAAGAUUUUUGUUGUUGAAAAACGGGAAACGUUGGCGUUUAAACACGUCUUGUUUUAUUAUAACUAGUUACUAUGUUUGAACUUUAAUGGCUGUUUGAUUGCAAUUUAAUAACCAUUUAAUAGCGUUUUUUAACAAAAAAACCUCUUGAAAUUAAGCCGUCGAAAGGUUUUUUGUUUGUAUCGGUUUUUCAGACAGGAUUAUAAAUUUUACGUAAGCUUGUCUAAAUUCAGUUUGCAAAGUUUGUCGGCCGGUUGAAGGAGUAAUCUUUUAAUACAUGUUUAUUACUGUAAAAAGAUGUGAUAUACAUUCCAGUUUAUUUCGAGGUCAAUGGUAGUCAGAAAAUUUUUUUUAGCGACUUGUAUAAAGACCUAUAAACGGGUAAACAAACUCUAAACUCAUUUUGGAGUAGUUUUAAUGGUAAAAUUUAAAAACACAUGUUUAAUAAGGCAAUUUUCAUACAUAUUUUAAAAAUACAAAGAAAGUUCUACAAGUUUUUACGCAGCUGUAUUUUGGCAGUUCGCCCGAGCUCAUUAAUAUUCAUCAUGGCGGCUGGAACUAAAAGACCUAAAACUCCCUUAUUAUAAAACAUGAAUUUUUCAUGAACAAACGUUAGCAUCAUUUUGACAACAAUUGAACCUUACCUUGGAAAUAGACUGUGAACGUUACGUAAGGAAAUUAAACUCGGGAGUAUUGAAUAGACAUUGGGUCCGUCGGAAAACUUUAAAAAAAACGGAAAACUUUUCCUUAGACCCGACAAACUGGCCUUCAAUUGAGAAUUGACGUUGUACUUUGUUAAGGAUCGUUCUGGGCUGCUCUUCAAUUCAAGUGGCUGAAUUGUCAAACUCAAUACAUCAAUGUCGAGCGUUCUUUCGUGUAUUGUGCUGCUUUUAUGACUGUUAUAUUUUAUAAGUCACUCAUGGCAACAAAUUGUUAGCAGAGCUAAAGGCGUUUUGCGAAAGCGUUUGAAUAGAAGGAGCUUCAUAUUUAUAUUGUGAUAUUGACGGGGUUUCCUUUGUAGACUUUCAUUUAUCCGUGUGACUUUUGGUUGACCAGGAAAUUUUGGAGCUUAAGAGACAAACUAUUACUGUAAAGAAUUUAAUUACAUGAACCACGAAUUGAUUAUGACAAAAUUUACCAUACGCUACCGAAGUUGCAAUGAAUACUGCUUGUAAUUUUUGCUUUUGUGUGUGUUGAACGCCAUGAACUUGAAUGAGUUUGAAACGCUUUGAUCCGUGUCUAAUUUUGCAAUUUCGGCGUUUUAUUACGGCGGUAUUUCGUGUUCAUCAAUGGCUCACAGAGACAGAUGCGUUUCAGAGAGCAAAAGGUAUAAAAAAAUUUUUUUAAAUGUUUUAAUACUAGAAAAAGAUGCGAAGCGAAAUUUGAAUUCCGCUACGUCAAAACAUAUGCAUACGAAUUUUCGCUUGAAUAUUUAAAACAAAACAAGUAGCGUUUCAAAAUUCUAGUAAUAUAUAAUUGAAAAGUAGGAAUUCACGGUAAAAUAAAGACUUUUUUACUAUUCAGAAAAUUAUUUGCCAAAAGGCAGAAAGUUUUAAUAAGUUAAUCAAUAUUAAACCAAAAAUUUAAACCAUCUCUUAAACUAUGCAAGAAAUGCUGAAAAUUCGGUUAUAAAAGUUUAAUAGAAUCGCUAGUUCAAUAUUUAUCUUGCUUCACAGGUUAUUCCAUUUUGUGGCAUUAGUUUUGUGUACAUAGUUUGUUAAAAUAUAAUGUUGAUUGAUUGUUUAGGUUGACAGCUGACAAUUUGUUCAAUUAUAUUUUGCUCACAGCGUAAUUCAUUUGUUGAGAAGUUCAUUUUCUUGGCUCCUAAUUGUUUUUUGCAAUGCAUGUUUUAUUUUGCUCCAUAAAGCUGCAAUAUGAUAGAAUGUUCUCCUCUUCAUAUAUCACUCUGUCUAAUAAUACCAGGUGACUUUACUUAUGAGGGGAAAAUGUUGGGUUUCAAUGGGUUUUCUAAACUAUUUACCCAUGCCACUCAUUUUUGACAACCCCUGUAAUUUCUAUUUUAUGUAAAUAUAGGUAGGGGCAAUUGCCCCACCUAAAUAACUAUCUAGCUACCCAUGUUAUCAGCCCAGUCUUUGGUGUUAAUGCAGGUUUAUGAGCAUAUGAUGGGUCAUUCCAGAAAACAUCCAUAAAUCCCCCAUGGAGGAAAUUAACCCCCCUCCCCCUACCUCCUUUGGAUGUCCUAAUACACUUGCUAUUAUCAGAAACAAACUUUUUCUCCCCUCCUCUGGAUGGCAGAAAUUUCCUCCUUGGGGGGAGUGUGGACCUUUUCUAGUUUUCUGGGACAAUGCAAUUGCCAGGCAGAUGAAUGUUAAAAGCCUUUAUUGUUUUUUAGUUCCCCAUCAUUGGAUCUUCCAAAGAAGAAUCCAGUGCUAAGUAGGAAGCACUAUUAUGGCUCCACUGAAAUGGUAUGCACAAUGCUGGACUGCUUACAUUACCAAUAAAAGCUUCUUUGCACUUUUGCAUCUUUUACGUGUUUGAAUUUCUGUCUUCAUUUUCAGCUACAGUAUAAUAGUUCCAGAAUGUUGUCCAUCUUUGUCGCUUGUGAUGUCCUCUAUCAGUUCCAUGAUAUUUAGACAAGUCUUCUUUUUAACACAGUCCUUCAGUAAUGUCCAUAUCAUCUACGCCUAGCCUGUUGCUUGCCUGUCUAUAGAGUUUUUGUUGUUGUUAAUUUUCUAGCUGUGUAACCCAAGAGCAGGAAGCGAAAGUAAUGGCAGUCAUUUUCGAAGUCCAUUGAGAUUCAGAGUGGAAAAUGGCGAGAUUGAUAAAGUGGAUUCUGAACAGGUACACUGAUGCAUAUGAUCUUGAACAGUCUGUUCCAGUGUAGGUGGUGGCAAUAAUACGAAAGCUUCAUGACAUUUGCUUCUCCGUCUUCUCCAUUAUUUCCCUGUCAAGCCAUUUCCCUGUCCAGUCAUUACACUGUCUCAAUGGACCUAUUCUCUAAUGAACAAAAUUUUGAUCUAGACAAGUCUGGACACAAAUUUCAUCACAGCUUGAAAGAGCAUCACAAAAUUAGUAAUAUUCCGAAGUUUCGUUGCGAAAUGUUGUAAAAUGUGAAUAACGUAGCCUUGCGAAGUUUGCCUUUUUUCAGUCAUUUUGUAUUACGUGCGAGAAAUUGAUACUUUUUUUCAGAAAGCGGUAUCAAUUUCCCAUGCAUAAUACAAAAUGACUGAAAAACGGCAAACUUCACAGGGCUAUAUUAUCCGCAUUUUACAACAUUUCGCAACGACACUUCAGAAUAUUACUAAUUUUGUGAUGCUCUUUCAAGCUGUGAUGAAAUUUCUGUCCAGACUUGUCUAGAUCAAAAUUUUGUUCAUUAGGGAAUAGGUCCAUUGGGGCUGAUCAACAGCUCUAAACUUAAAAUGUGCAACUUUUAGCAGAAAUCAAUUCUGCAGCCUUGCCAGAUGUUUCACUCGGACCAUCCACUCAGAAACCUUGGACAUUGUGUUGGCUAGUGCAUGAUAUUUCUGAUGCGUGUUUUUAUUUUCAGUAUUUUGACAGUGUGAAGGGAAGUAUGGUUCAUUUAGAGAAUCCUGAAUGGCAAACAAGAUGGUAUUUUAAAUACUUCUUGGGAAGAUGUAAGUUGAAUAUUUUACUUCUGGGAAGGCUUUUGUAAAUGGAAUUUUUGAACACAAAUUUACAUACAUUUUUAAAAUGAAAAAUGCAACUACAGGCCUUGAACCUGCAAUUCUGGUGCCCAAAAUUUUCCUUUAAUUUUGAGCUUUGCAAUACACCGAAAGAAAAAGUUUCAAUUUUUGUUGAUUAUAUUUAAUAUUUAUUUUGUGCUCUUGAUAUUAUUUAGUACAUCAGAAUUAUAUUGGUCUCGAUGUGGAGAAAAAUCCAUUUGUCCUUUCUGUUUGUGUGACUGAAGAAGAUAAUUACGAAGUCUUACAAUACAGAACUAUCUUAUGGAAAAUGAUGGUAUGGCCUUAUAAACAUACUUGGACUGUGUUUGCUGGAUCCAGGGGCGUAAAUGUGGGGGGGGGGGUGUAGGGGGGUGGUUCACCCCCCCAGAGAAAUGACCCAGUCGGUCUCAAACUACGUGCAGUCGGUCUCAAAAUGAUGCGUUUGUUUACAUGCAGUGCUUUGCGAAGCAAAUUAAUUUUUUUCAAAACUCGAGAUAGACUCAGACUAUUGAGUAUUGAGUUGGAAAUGUGCUCAAAUGGAUCAAACAGCUCAGAAGUAAUAUGAAGAAAUAUUACGUACUUAUUUCGCGAGUUUAUGAACGAAUUAUCAUUCAAAACACGUGCAAAGGGAUGAAAUUUUCAUUUACAUUCCAAACAUGCUUACAUGCAUGAGAUAUCUAUAUGUCACAAUUACGUGUUGGCACUUUUAUUUGGAAUUUAGGUUCUGCAAGGUCAUUCACAGGUGAUAUUCUAUAUUAGCGAAAAUUUCAAACCCCCAAAAUCAGACUCCAAAAUGCGAUGAAUCUCGAUCAAAAUAGCUAACAUUAGUUACAAUAUUUCCAGUCCCUAAACUAUAUUUUUAAGAUGUAAAGUGCAAAAACAAAUUUCUAGCCGAGUUAUAUUAGGAAGUAUGUUCACAUGUAACACGAUAAUUAUGCAUAUGCAUUUUGUUACCAAAGAGUUGAUGUGCCUACUGCAAUCAAGAAAUUCGAUCAGUGAACGACGCACUGGUUUAUCUGAAAUCACGGAGGGAAAAAUUGUUUCCACUGACUACGCGAUGUUUCCAAUUGUUGCUUACAGUCAGGCCCAUAACUAGGUAUAUGAGUCAAUCGAGCUCAAGCUCAGUGACAGACUGUAUAGUUCUCUCAAUGUAACGAAGCAUUAUUCUUGCCUUACAGUGACGUAAGAAAUGGGAGGCUGUAUGGGUGCACAAGUACCCCAAUAACAAAAGUGCGGGCCAGCGCCCAAAUUUUACAACAAUUGAGCACAAACCCUUUUUAUUAUGCACCUGAUCAAUGAUGUUCGACCAAAAAUAUUUGUAAUUCUUAGCCUCAGGAUUGGAGGAAAACAACAGCAUAAAAUUAUAGUCAUUGUGUCACUGUUUAUGAAAUUGAUAUUUUGUUUGAACUGCUCCCAGAAUGCAGGAAAUAGCGUUUCUAAGCCUUAGAAAAUCAAAAAUUUUCUGGGGGAGCAUGCCCCCAGACCCGCCCCAGAAGUGUCUCGGUCAAUCAAAAAUCCUAUAGUUACGCGCCUGACAGAAACUGUAACAUCCGCAUUUGCCGAGCGCAGCUUUUCAAAGCUGAAAUCAGUGAAAUUAAAACUGUUAUGCGUUUAGUAAUGAACCAGGAACGCCUCGGUGAACUCUUGACUCUUUGCGUGUGAGCGCGAUCUAACAGACACGAUCGAUCUUGACGAAAUCGCUAAUCCGUGGUCAAACCUGACUAAGCGCGGACACUUAAUAAAAAUAUAACGUUUCACAGCAAACUGUACGUGUUCUUGCAAAAUUCCUAAUAAAUGCCAUCAAUUUCCAUGCUUUGUACUCAAUUUUAUUGCAACACGCCAACUCACCAAGAGUCGGCCUGGAUUCACAUUUCAGUGGUGAGUCGGUCUCAUUUCGUGAUUACACCCUCCCAGUCAAAAUCGAUAUGUCCGCCCCUGGCUGGAUCUUCUGUUGAUGAAGUAAUAGAGAGGUUCAGAUAAUGAUUUCCACUACCUUUCACAUGCUUAAUUAAUACAUAUUUAAUUCGUGAUUCUCCUUAUUACGUUUUCGUAGCGCUUUGCAUUGUGGUUAUAGUGGUAUCACUGAUAAAGAUAGCGGCCUCGAAUGAAAAUAUUGAAUGUUUUCACAAAUAUUUUGCUGUUGGCUAUCGCGCACCUGACCCUAGCUUUUUUUUAAUAAAAGUUCUUGCACUGGUCAGGACAAAAAAUAAGCCAUCUUGAAUAUCAGUGAUACCACUACAACCACAAUGCAAAGCGCCACGAAAACGUAAUAAGGGGAAUCGUGAAUUGGUUAAAUAAUCAGGUAGAUUAAAUGCAUCUGGUUGGGUAAUGGUAGCUGUAGUGGAAAUCAAGAUCUGAACCUUGUUAAUAUAAUAUGAAUAUGACAAUAAUAUUAUCUGUUUUUUAUUAGGGAAGCGAGAGAAGAUGUAUUCCUUAUGAUCCAGGAAAACCACUCUCGUCUAAGGCAAUUUUACAGUAAGUGUUUUGUUUGAAAUGUCUAUAUAUGGAAUUCAAGGUGUAUAUUGACCCAUUAAGUUGCAUUGCACCCUAAUGUACCCCAAUUAUUUUACUCUAUCUAUCACCAGAUUAUUUUACUCAGAUGUCUAAUGCUAGACUAUCUUACUUGUCAAGGAAGAGUGCUCAAUUAUUUACUUGCUUUCAUAGAUAUUGCUACAAUGUCAAAAUUGACAAAGGAGCAAAGGAAAUUUUAAGUUCAGAAAUUCAAAAGGUACAGUACAGUUACUAUAAUAAAAAAUAAACAUCUAGGUAAACAAUACGACUACUUAGUUGCUCUUAACCUUAUUGGUAUUGGUGUUAUAGUAUACACCUCUUAUAUUAUAGAAACUUUGUAUCUUAUGUUUCUCCAAAUACCUUUAUCUCACUUUUCUUAUUUAUCUUUUUUAGGAACUUCUUGUUCUUGAAGACCAAGAGGUAUUAAUCAUCCUUAAUUAAUAAUAGUACUGAAUGUGAUAGCUUGCCACUAGAGAACUGGUUUACAAACAGAAUUCUGUCUUUCCUUUAGGGGUCAGUAAAUUUUAAAUUUGGUGUUCUUUUUGCCAAGCAAGGACAAACCACUGAUGAUGAAAUUUUAAGCAAUGGUAAGUUUAACGCCUGUAUUCUAAGAGCUCACUCACACUCAAAGAGUGGAGGUUCAAUCUGAGCUUCCCUUGAGUGUCAGUGCUGUUUUUGAAUAGCUGGAGGGCAAGUAGUCACAUGGUAAGGUACAAAACUAACCCUCCAGCUUUUCAAAAACAGCAUUGACACUCAAGGGAAGCUCAGAUUGAACCUCCACUCUGUGAGUGUGAGUGAACUUUUAGAAUACAGGCGUUUAGAAUACAAGUUUUUUUUCUUUCCUUAUCUUGCAUUCAUUUCUCCUUUUCAUUCUACAUUUUUGCCUUUUUUCAUUUAGAAAAAGAAAGUGACACUUUCGAUAAUUUUCUAAAAUUGCUUGGGGAUCGAAUCCCUCUCAAAGGAUGGACUAAGUUCAGAGGAGGGCUUGAUGCAAAAAGUAUGUUUAUUAUUCUUCACGCUAAAAACAAUACCUGGGUUUCCUGUUUCACCACCCUACCUUGCUUUUGGCCACCGAAAUCACCGACCCUGUCACCCUAAAAUUUGACUCGCUAAAAGAGUUUGGCUAUAUAUCUACUAUCUAGCUUUAUAAAGUACAACCUAUUUGUUUCAAAAUUGAUAUAAUAUUUAACAAAUGUUUGUGCCAUCUGUGCUGCCGUAAUACUAAUGGGCCAUUUGCAUUAUAGACUAAAUUUUGAUCUGGACAAAAAUUUCAUCACAGCUUGAAAGAGCAUCACAAAAUCAGUAAUAUUCCAAAGUUUCGUUGCGAAGUGUUGUAAAAUGCGGAUAAUAUAGCCUUGCGAAGUUUGCCGUUUUUCAGUCAUUUUGUAUUACGCACGGGAAAUUGACAGCCCAAUCGGAUGUUGGGGCAUCAAUUUCCCGUUUGUAAUACAAAAUGACUGAAAAUUGCAAAUUUUGCAAGGCUACAUUAUCCGCAUUUUACAACGUUUCGCAACGAAACUUUGGAAUAUUACUAAUUUUGUGAUGCUCUUUCAAGCUGUGAUGAAAUUUUUGUCUAGACCAAAAUUUAGUCUAUAAUGCAAAUGAUCCAUUGACGUAGAAUAUCACUCUCAUGCAUGAGAAUUUAUAAAAAAAAUUGAAAAAAAAAGAAAACCCUACAAGAAAUACGACACCCAGGUAUGUUUUGGAGUUUUCUUUCUGCUCUUAAGGCAGAUUUACACUACACAACUUUUGCCUAAAACUGUCGCAUCCAACCUGCUUACAACUGAGUUGUUCUGUGUGAAUUAAUUAAAAAAUCUUAUCUAUUUGUUUUAUAUAAUAAACAGAAAAGCUUACGUUGUUGUAGACGAGUUGUGCACUUGAUUUACACAGUACAACUCGAGUUGUAAGCAGGUUGCAUGCGACAGUUUUAGACAAAAGUUGGCUUUACAGUCAACUCGGCCCACUAACCAACUCGGCCCAUCGUUCAAGGACCAACUCUGCCCGCUUGUAAACUGACUUUAAUCUAACCAUUAAACAAGCUAGGAACCAUGACUGUGUUCUAUCUUUGCAAAUUUUGAGAGAGAUUUGAAUGAUCAGUAAUUUAGUAUCAAAACGGACAGAUCGAGAAUUUGAAACUUCGAUAGAUUCUUUAAUUAAAUUAAGUCAAACUGGAUGUUCUCAAACUUUACUCAUCUGUACGCCCAAUGCAACUGCAAAUGGAUGUAUUGGUUUGGUGCUAUCUUUUGUAAAAUAUUAGCUUUCCUAAUAUGUCAAACAGUAGUUAAGACAGUUAACAAUGGACCAUUCCCCAAUUAACCAAAAUUUUGAUCUCAACAAGUCUAGACAAAUUCCAUCAUAGCAUGAAAGAGCAUCACAAAAUUAGUAAUAUUCCAAAGUUUCGUUGCGAAAUGUUGUAAAAUGCGGAUAAUAUAGCCUUGCGAAAUUUGCAAUUUUCAGUCAUUUUAGAUUACAAACGGGAAAUGGUUACCACUUUUCCAAAAUUUUGAUCUAAACUAGCCUAAACAAAAAUUUCAUCACAGCUUGAAAGAGCAUCACAAAAUUAGUAAUAUUCCAAACUUUCGUUGCAAAAUGUUGUAAAAUGCGGAUAAUAAAUUAUACCCUUGCGAAGUUUGUAAUUUUCAGUCAUUUUGUAUUACGCACAGAAGUGGUAACCAUUUCCCGUUUGUAAUCUAAAAUGACUGAAAAUUGCAAACUUCGCAAGGCUAUAUUAUCCGCAUUUUACAACAUUUUGCAACGAAACUUUAGAAUAUUACUAAUUUUGUGAUGCUCUUUCAAGCUGUGAUGAAAUUUUUGUCUAGACUUGUUCAAAAUUUUGGUUAAUUGGGGAAUGGUCCAUUGGGCCAAGAUGGUAUGGGCCGAGUUGGUCAAUGGGCCGAGUUGACCAGCUUCCCAAAAGUUGUGUAGUGUAAAUGUGCCUUACUGAAUUUAUCAGUGGAAGCUGAUUGAGAUAUUGUUCUUCACUUGCUAGGCAACAUGACAGGUUCAAUGUCCGUUCAUACGCACUACGAAGGCCACGAAAUCAUGUUUCACGUCUCGACACUUUUACCAUUCUCUGACGAUCCACAACAGGUAUAUGGGAAAGAUAGGAUUUUAUUAAUUGAGUUGGGGAAACUAAGAGACUGUUUGUGAAGAAGUAUCGCACAUCAACAAGAUUUAAAACUGAGAAUUGCUCGCUGUUCUGUAGGUUGAACGAAAACGACACAUUGGCAACGACAUUGUAAAUAUCGUAUUUCAAGAAUGUGAAAGUCACGAGAAGCCUACGUUCACACCUUACGGAAUUCGCUCGCAGUUUACACGUAUCCUUUUCUAUAUACAUAAAGUUGAAAUGUCACAUAUUAUGGGCGACGUAUGAAAAAUUGCAGAUUAGACGUUUUAUGAAAAGGUCCUUAGGUAUAAAAAAAAUAUCUUGCGAUUCCGGUUUUAUGUCCCGAAAAAAUUAGGGUAGGUAGGUGGGAAGAUUUGCCUUAACAAUCUGGAUCAGAUAUUUAUGCUCUUGUCACAUACUCAAGAUCAGAAGACACAUACAGGUAAAGUAGGGAUGCUGUGUACUUAAACAAAUAGAUAAGAUUUUGCUGUUGUCUGUUCGGUUUUAGAUACACAGUAUGACGUCAUAAUGUGGGAAGGAAAAAAAGUGGCUGCGAGCCGCCAAGGCGAGUGGGUCACUUUUUUGUUCUGCCCACAUUAUGACGUCAUAUUGUGUAUCUAUAACUGAACAGACAACGGCAAAAUCUUAUCUAUUUGUUUUAUUUAAUAAAAAGAAAAAACCCAAAUUAAACUGGUGCUGAAAUAGCUUACUUUUUAUCCACCCAAACAUUUGGAAAUUUGAAAAAGUCAAAAUUUUACAAAUGUCACGCGCCCAUGAUCUAUACAAAUAAGGGAAUGUAUUGGCUACCUUACUUGUGACGUAAUUUUGUGCAUCUGUCCUCUAAUAGAUCAUGGCACUCGACCAAUGAAAGCGCUUGAAUUCUUAACGUUAUUAUGUAAUAGUGCAUACGACAUGUGUGUGAUUCACCACUGAGGUUUGAUUGCAGAUAAAAACUGAUGGAACUGUCUGAUAAUCUUAAACUGUCUGUUCCAGUGUAGGUAGUGCUAUCAAAUGAACAAGCUUUCGUUGUAGAGAUGCAUCUACCUGAAAAAUAUAAGGAGAAUUUCGACGUUUCGAGCGAGCCUGCAAGGCUCUUCUUCGCGCUAGUACAGUAACUCCAGACGAAGGGCCUUCGCUCGAAACAUCGAAAUUCUCCUUAUAUUUUUCAGGCAGUUGCAUCCCUACAACGAAAGCUUGGAACUGUCUGAUUCUGUUACUCUUUUAUUUUUGUAUUUAUAUUUUUUAUAUAUUAUUUGUUCUCCAGAAUCACGGUAUUCUCAGAAAUGAGUGUUCCAGCGUUUGGUCCUCCGUUACCAUCUUCACCUGUUUUUACGAAUCAUCAAGAAUUCCGAGAAUUUCUGCUUGUUAAAAGUAAGUAAUGGUGACAUUUUUGUGGCGGCAACAGGUCAUGGGCGGAUUUACUGAGGAGGUUGGGGGGGGGAGGGGUUAAACACCCUUGAAUCUCUCUAACCCCUCUUAUAAAGUGUUCAACCCCACCAAAAUUUCGCUUCACCCCUCCUAUUUUGUGUGAAAGUCUUUAACCCUAACCCCUGCCGAAGCUCCCUCAGUGGUGCCGCUUGCACCCCAGUAGAACAUUUUCCACCCCCCCUCGGACUUUUAAAAAAAUAUGAAAAUCCGCUCUUGCAACAGGUUGUGAAAAUUGACGUGAACGUAUAUGUCUGACCAUUUCGUUUCUCUGUAGUGAUCAACGGUGAAAAAGCGACGCAUCUUACUCCUACAUUCAGCAAACGUCGACAUCGAACGCUGGAAAUGCUUAUCAAUAACUUGGUCAACACUCAUUUACCAGCUGAGGUACUAAACGUUUUCAUUCGACCUUUCAUAUAAGUGGGCUAACACCUCCAGUUGUGUAAAUCCUGGAGAGUUUUUUUGGGAGGGCGGGGGGGGGGGGACCUCCCUAAUGUUUGAGAAAAGCAAUUUUGUAGGGCAAAUAUUCGAUAAUUUGUAGGGCAAAAAUACAUUUAAAUCAUGUUGAGUAAGAACAAGAAAACCUGGACGUCCAGUUUGAACAAUUUUUAAAAUUGCUAUUCUAAUAUACCUCGUAUAUACCCCCAUAUUCUUCGACGCUACUCCUGCGGGCACUCGUAAACGUUCUUAGUUUUCCCAGCAUCUGUACCUUCUUUUCCGACCACACCCUGUUUUGUUGGGCAAACGACUCCACACCCCGUAAUGUUUAAACCCUAGUUACGCCCGCGAGCACCUCCUUGCUGCAGAUAAUUCAAGUUCCAAUCUUUUUCUGUUACUGUGAUUGUUUAUAUUUCAAUUAUUUUUCAGAAAACGAAAGCUCGACGAUUUACGAACACACUGUCAGAUUCAGCCAAGACAAAACAGCAGAAAGAGAACGAGAGACAAGAGAAAUUUGUAUCAUUUGGCCAGGUAGGUAAAGUUUCUAUACUCCAACGCUCUGUAUCAGCUUGGGUAGUUACAAUAGGGACUUUACUAAGAUUGACGUUUGCGGCAAACCGCUAAACCCAAACGGCAAACUUCAAUCCGUAUUUGAAAGCAAGGCCUACAGUUUCGACAGCUAUGUCGAACGCAUUAAAAACAAUAGAUAAUCAGCUGAAAUGCCUCAUUAUCUAUUGGUUCUAAUGCGCUCGGCACAUGAGAAGCGCGACGUUCGAAAAAGGCCUUAGCUGUCGAAACUGUAGGUCUUACUUUCAAAUGCGAAUUGAAGUUUGUCGUUUGGGUUUAGCGGUUUGCCGUAAACGUCAAUCUUAGGGCGCUUUCCAUUUAAUGGCCUGACCGAUCAGACCCAAAAUCUUUUCUCUGUAUCAAUGGAAAGAUCUGGUCUAUGUUUCUCAAAUAUCUAGCGAAAAUGGACCUCAUUCUAAUGUUAUCUAAAUUUUCCGCUAAGAUAGGUCCGAAGCCCAAAUGUUUUGUGUUCCAUUCAACAAUUUGACCGUAAUGGAAAGCGCCCUUAAAGUCCCUAAUAACACGAGAAAGCUGUGGAUUGGGAAGGAUUCAACUCCCUGAAAAAUACAAAACUUCGACGUUUUUAGCGAAGGCUCUUCGUCGGAAGUUAGUAACCAUUUUCUGCUGAUAUCGUUCCGUAAUUGAAUAGACCUUUCCCCUUUUGAGUGAAAUUUUGAUCUAGACAAGUCUGGACAAAGAUUUCAUCACAGCUUGAAAGAGCAUCACAAAAUUAGUAAUAUUCCGAAAUUUCGUUGCGAAAUGUUGUAAAAUGCGAAUACUAUAGCCUUGCGAAGUUUGCCGUUUUUCAGUCAUUUUGUAUUACAAAUGGGAAAUUGAUAAUCAGUUUGAUCAUCUGAUUAUCAAUUUCCCGUUUGUAAUGCAAAAUGACUGAAAAACGGCAAACUUCGCAGGGCUAUAUUAUCCGCACUUUACAAGCUGUGAUGAAAUUUUUGUCCAGGCAUAUCUAGAUCAAAAUUUCACUCAUAAGGGGAAAGGUCUAUUAAUCAUUUAUGUAAUUUCUUUACGUAGAAACUGAAAGCAAACUUAAUCACAGCUGAGGUUCCAGCACGUUUUGUGAGUAAUGGCUUGGGAGUGACACGUUCUGAGGUUAGUGAGGCACUUCCUAGUUUAUAUGGUAGAAACUUUGGCAGAUAGCACUGCCUUUGGUCUCGAUAAUACUUUUCAUUUUAUGCUUUACCCAUUGAGUGGCAGCAGUCUCCCCUUGACGAGUAAACUUGUCUGGCGUUAGGCAGAAUAAAAUAAUAAAUGCGGGUGCAUUGUCACUUAAAGGGUUAACUUUUGUUUCUUUUCCCUUGCAGCCAUGGGAGCCACAGUGCAUAUGUAAUUAUUUUCCAACCAAAGUUACCUGUGGUGACUCGUGGGGUUAGUCAACAAACUUCGAGUUUCUAUUCGUAAUGUUUCUGGUCCUGGGUCUGGGAUUGUAACAGUUUAUACUAAAAAAACCUUGAAUUGUUGUAGGUGAAGGCUUGAUCUUGGGUACGGAAGAGGGUGUAUUCAAACUAGUUGGUAAGUAUUUGAUUCAUUCAUGAAUUAACAAAAUGUUCGUUGAAAAUGUUGUGAAAUCAUAUGAGUAAACCAUCAGGACUCAGUUACGAUCUCCGUGUGUGUCCCACUGGGGCAGAAUUAACCCAUUGAGUGGCCACGCUCUCCCCUUGACGAGUAAAAUUGUCUGGCGUUAGACAGAGUAGAAUAAUAAAGUAGGGUGCAUUAGGGUGCAAUACAACUUAAUGGGUUAACUAGACACAUGGGCAGAUAGUGUGAUUAACCCAUUGAACACCAGCACUCUCUCUUUGACGAAUAAAAUCGUCUGGCAUUAGACAGAGUAAAAUGAUAACGUAUAGGGUGCAUUGGGGCGCGAUGCAAGGUUAAUGGUAAUUUUCUUCUUAAUUCCUAGGGGGUACGAUAAAACAACUUUUUGACAAGACAGUUGAUGUCAAACAAUUGUUCGUUGAUGAAGACCACGGUUUGUUGGUCCUUCGAGCUGACAAAGGUUUGUCAUUUGUUAUCUUCGUCCGUUUUUCAACCGCGGUUUCCUUAUCCUCCUCUAUUAUUUAUGUGGGUUUUUUUUCGCUUUAUGUUCUGCAUAGGUCGAGAUGGUAAGGUGUGCGUGUUUGCGUUGUGUGAUUUUGAUGAACUGAGCAGUGAUCAGCCAAAGACAAAGUUAGAUUGCAAGGAACACAAACUGGAGAAAGCCAAAGGUAACAUACAAUCAUACAUGUUUAGUAUUUUUGCGCAAGUGAAUAUAACAAAUCCUACAAGUUGAUUGGUCAAAUUUGAUCUAUUAAGCUAUUAUAUUCACCUACUACUGGGGCCGGUUGUUCAAAGGUGUGUUAACGCUAACCCUGGGUUAAAAUUUAAUCUGCUCCUGGUCAGGUGCGCAUCCCUCAUUCCCUCUGCCUGAUGAUUUUGGAAACAUCGUUAUUUGCAUUCAAAGCCUCUGCAUUAAGGGGUAGUGUCACGGCGCCGAUUGGCUAAAAUAAACGACGCAAAGAAACGUUUAAAAUUAAUGCUACAUGAUUGGAAAAGAUGCAAUAAAUAGUAUAUCGUAUUUCACUCCUAACUUGAUUAAUUGUUGGCAGACAGUUUUUCAAGUUCGCGCAUAUUUUGGAUGCGCAGUAGAACCGUGACACUGCCCCUUUAAUGCUCCAGUUUUCUUUCAAUAGGAUCACAUCUACUUGCGGUCAGUGACAACAUCGGUUGUAGAUCCUUUGCAGUGGCCGCCAACAAGAAAAUACAAUUGUAUCAAUGGCAGCAUGUCGAGAGUCGCAAAGUGUCAAGAAUUAUUAACUAUUUCAAACUUAUGAAAGAAGUGGUCAUUACGGAAUCGCCAUCUUUGCUUACCCUAGUGGAUUGUGGGAGCAAAGGUUAUACUCUCUGUGUUGGCUAUAGGAAUCAGUUUGAUUUAAUUGACACAUCCUCGGGGAAAACGACGAAACUACAUGAAAUUGAUGCUGCAUCGCCUAAGGUACAGCAUGCGAGGUGUGCAUGUGUGUAGCUUUAAGCCAGGAUGAAACGAGGAUGAGAAUGCGAGGUUGCAUGAGAGAUGGCAGGCACGCGACAUUGGUUAGCUGUUCUUAAUGCUUUUUCAACACUAUCAUGUAUUUUAUUGAAGUUAAAACAUAGUCGGAACAUUCAUGAAACCUUUAUUUCAGGUUAAUCUAGAGCUUGAAAUGUCCCCUGUAGCAAUGUGUGACUGUCAACUCUCAUCUGUUCGUUCAGUAGUUUUCACCUCAGUAUAGAAUGUGAGAAGAGUGCUUCUAUGUUUUAACUCGGAUAACCUUCUGUAGUAACAUUGGACCGAGUAAAGCCCUUACUGGACCCAGGGUGCGAUAAUUCAAUAUUUUUAGCCGUACCUGACUGGUACUCCGACAACUUUUGCCGCGUACCUGGUCUGGUAAAAACUUAAGAGUCAAGACGUACCUAAGACUACUUUCGAGUCAAGCGUUUUUAUACCUAUAGUUUACUGGUUCCGGUUUCAUAUCGCGAAAAAAUUAGGGUAGGUAGGUCGGAAAUAAAAAAUUUUUUUGAAUAUUUUUUUCAUGGUUUGGCAUUAUCGGCGUUUGACGAUAACGAUUUUAAAAUCGCUCACCCAAGCGAUUUUUUUUCAGUCGGACGAUGACGAUAAAUUUUUUGAUCAAGCGCAAAGAUAACCUUUUGGCUUUUUCAUCCCAAAAUAUGUCGGAUGCGUGGAAUUUACAUGUACAGCUAAAGUUCUUCACGGUUUUGAAUACUUUGGCAGGUCUGCUAGUUAUUGCUAGAAGGAAAAUGUAAGUACGCGAAUCGCAAAUUUCCGCGUACCUACGUGGUACUUGCCUAAAAACAAAGAAGUACCAGUCCAUAAAUUUGGCGUACCUCCGGUACGUUGGUACGCGAAUUAUCGCACCCUGCUGGACCUCUAGGGGGGACAAUUUAGAGCAGAUAGAACUAUCCAGUCCAAUCAAAGUCACUUUACUUACUUUAUUUUGGCCGUUGAACAAAUUCUGUUAAAAAUAAUACAUGAUUUCCUCUUUGUUUAGAAUAAAUCAAAUUUAUUAUCAGCCAUAGACGUUUAUGAAGAAGACGGUCCCUCACUGCUUUUAUCCUAUAGUCGUAAGUAUUCCUAAAUAUGCCAACAUUUUCUGUGUAUGCAAAACAACCUGGAGUAAUAAUAUUUUAGUAAGAGUGGCGCAGUUUUCAGAGCACGCGCCUUCCACCUCUGAGUUCGUGGGUUCGAGUCUCGUUACGGACUCAUGUGAAAAGAGUCAGUUAACGCUCUGCCGAAAGUCGUGGGUUUUCUCUGGGCGCCCCAGUUUCCUCCCACAGAGAAAGUUGGCAGGGUGGGUUAGGAUAAACAUAGUUAAGAAUGUAAUAUCACAAUGGACCAUUUGCAUUAUAGACUAAAUUUUGAUCUAGACAAAAAUUUCAUCACAGCUUGAAAGAGCAUCACAAAAUUACUAAUAUUCCAAAGUUUCGUUGCGAAAUGUUGUAAAAUGCGGAUAAUAUAGCCUUGCGAAAUUUGCAAUUUUCAGUCAUUUUGUAUUACAAAUUGGAAAUUGAUGCCCCGACACCCGAUUGGGCUGUCAAUUUCCCGUGCGUAAUACAAAAUGACUAGUGAAAAACGGCAAACUUCGCAAGGCUAUAUUAUCCGCAUUUUACAACAUUUCGCAACGAAACUUCGGAAUAUUACUAAUUUCGGAAUAUUAGUAAUUUUGUGAUGCUCUUUCAAGCUGAUGAAAUUUUUGUCUAGAUCAAAAUUUAGUCUAUAAUGCAAAUGGUCCAUUGUUGUAAAGAUAAAAUAGUCCAGGCUAAGUAUGUAAUUAGGUAUUAAAGCGUAAUACUUGAUGUAAAGCGCAUUUAAUCCACAUCUAAAUUUGAGCUAUAGAAAUCUUAAUCCAUGUUAAUCCAUGUUAAUCCAUUCUAGAUACGUCCUUUUUUAAACUUCUAAAUGGCGAGAAUGUCUCCAAUUUUAAUUUUCAAUGGAACUCUACGCCUCAAAGUAUUGGUAAGUGUUUAGUCAUUAAAAUACGCCAGGAGUGGAUUGAUUUGACCCGUAGGAGGGGGGGGGGGGCAGAGCAGGGUGCGGCUCCCAGCCUCCCACAUCUCAUCCCAAACUAAAUCCAUCCUUGAGAUGUCCCCUUUUGUCUGUCAUGGUAUCUUCACGUAAUUUUCACUUUCAUUCUUUUCUAACGCAGUCUACGUGUUUCCAUACAUUUUGGCAUUCACUCGGAAUACCAUUGAAAUUCGGUUGGUCGUGAAUGGUACAUUAGUUCAUACGCUGGUUUUGCCGAAAGUUCAUCUUAUUUCUGCCAAGGUAAGCCGUGCUUUUGUUACUGUCGAUGCAAUAGAAGUGUUGAUAUAAUAUUGCAUCAAUUCAUUUCCUCAAGUUGAUCAAUUCAUAUGAAUUCAAAUUUCUUUUUACUUCCUGUGCGUUUCCUAUUGGUCAAUCGGUUCUGAAACGAAAUCUAAUUGGCUCAUGUAGAAGUAACAGGAAGUUGAUCAAUUUUCUAUCAAAUGAAUUGAUCAACUUGAGGAAGGAAUUAGUGCAAUAUUUUAUCGACACUUCUAUUGCAUCGACAGUAACAGUUGAAAGUCAAUGUUCUCUUUGCAUAACACUUUGAUCAGAAUGUUCCAUUGUCUUUUCAUUGUUUUGAAAAUCCCACUGUUCUCCAUGCCAUCCAGUCACGAUUCAGUGAUCAGAAUGUUCCAUAAUCUUUUCGUUGUUUUUGAAAAUCUCACUGUUCUCCAUGCCAUCCAGUCAUGAUCCAGUGAUCAGAAUGUUCCAUAAUAUUUUCAUUGUUUUUGAAAAUCCCACUGUUCUCCAUGCCAUCCAGUCAUGAUCCAGUGAUCAGAAUGUUCCACAAUAUUUUCAUUGUUUUUGAAAAUCCCACUGUUCUCCAUGCCAUCCAGUCAUGAUCCAGUGAUCAGAAUGUUCCAUAAUAUUUUCAUUGUUUUUGAAAAUCCCACUGUUCUCCAUGCCAUCCAGUCAUGAUCCAGUGAUCAGAAUGUUCCAUUGUCUUUUAUUGUUUUGAAAAUCCCACUGUUCUCCAUGCCAUCCAGUCAUGAUUCAGUGAUCAGAAUGUUCCAUUGUCUUUUCAUUGUUUUGAAAAUCCCACUGUUCUCCAUGCCAUCCAGUCAUGAUCCAGUGAUCAGAAUGUUCCAUAAUAUUUUCAUUGUUUUGAAAAUCCCACUGUUCUCCAUGCCAUCCAGUCAUGAUCCAGUGAUCAGAAUGUUCCAUAAUAUUUUCAUUGUUUUUGAAAAUCCCACUGUUCUCCAUGCCAUCCAGUCAUGAUCCAGUGAUCAGAAUGUUCCAUAAUAUUUUCAUUGUUUUUGAAAAUCUCACUGUUCUCCAUGCCAUCCAGUCAUGAUCCAGUGAUCGGAAUGUUCCAUAAUCUUUUCAUUGUUUUGAAAUCCCACUGUUCUCCAUGCCAUCCAGUCACGAUUCAGUGAUCAGAAUGUUCCAUAAUCUUUUCAUUGUUUUGAAAAUCCCACUGUUCUCCAUGCCAUCCAGUCACGAUUCAGUGAUCAGAAUGUUCCAUAAUCUUUUCAUUGUUUUGAAAAUCCCACUGUUCUCCAUGCCAUCCAGUCAUGAUCCAGUAAUCAGAAUGUUUCAUUGUCUUUUCAUUGUUUUGAAAAUCCCACUGUUCUCCAUGCCAUCCAGUCACGAUUCAGUGAUCGGAAUGUUCCAUUGUCCUUUCAUUGUUUUGAAAAUCCCACUGUUCUCCAUGCAAUCCAGUCAUGAUCCAGUGAUCAGAAUGUUCCAUUGUCUUUUCAUUGUUUUGAAAAUCCCACUAUCCUCCAUGCCAUCCAGUCAUGAUCCAGUGAUCAGAAUGUUCCAUUGUCUUUUCAUUGUUUUGAAAAUCCCACUAUCCUCCAUGCCAUCCAGUCACGAUUCAGUGAUCAGAAUGUUCCAUAAUCUUUUCAUUGUUUUUGAAAAUCUCACUGUUCUCCAUGCCAUCCAGUCAUGAUCCAGUGAUCGGAAUGUUCCAUAAUCUUUUCAUUGUUUUUGAAAAUCCCACUGUUCUCCAUGCCAUCCAGUGAUGAUCCAGUGAUCAGUAUGUUCCAUUGUUUUUGAGAAUCCCACUGUUCUCCAUGCCAUCUAAUCGUAUUCCGAUGCAGGCGUUCUGCCCACUCUGGUCCAGUUACCAAGAACUAGAGUAGCUCAGUGUCCAGAGUGGGACCACAGCUGUCAGCUUCGGCCAUAGUUGCAUUCUUCGCUCAAAGUUUCCAGCCAUAAAAAUACGCUUAACAUCGUGUUUUGCCGAGAGAGAUGCGCAAAAAUUUAGUAUUAAUAUUUCAUGAUGUCUUUUCAGGAUGAUAUAUACUUCGCUUCGUCGCAAUCAGAGAAUCAAAACAACUUAACGGACUUUAAAAGAAGACACGCAAAUGUCAAGUACAGAAACACGCAACAAACUCACGCCUCGACGACAUCGGAGCAACAGAUACGUAUUUACAAAAUGUCUUUGAACUCUAUUCAAAAACUGAGUCUUGAUCGCUCGCCUAAAGAACGAUUACCGAAUGUAAGGACUCCUUUAAGUCCAUUUAAUGAGGUCUCGUUUGAUUUCCCUACUCCGAAGCCGACCCACGACAGCGAUUCGAGUUACGAGGAGGCUCGCGAAAGUCAACAAGCAAAGACAAGCGUCUCAACGCUUAAUCUAAAUAGACCUUAUUCUUGGGCUGUGCUCGAAGACACGUCAAAGAAACUUGAUAACGAGUUUCGGGAGCUAAUAGAAUGCCAUCAAGGGGAAAUUAAUUGUAUAUAAAUUUUAAUAUAUGUUUAGUUAUAUAGGAAUGGUCGAUCCAGUCCUAGGACUUAAUCAAAAUUUUAUCCAGUCCUAGGACUUGAUCAAACUUCAUCCAGUCCUAGGACUUGAUCAAACUUCAUCCAGUCUUAGGAUUUGAUCCAACUUCAUUCAGACCUAAGACUUGAUCAAACUUCAUCCAGUCCUAAGACUUGAUCAAACUUCAUCCAUUCCUAGGACUUGAUCCAACUUCAUCCAGUCCUAAGACUUGAUCAAACUUCAUUCAGUCCGAAGACUUGAUCAAACAGUAUUUAGUCCUAGGACUUGAUCAAACUCCAUUUAGUCCUAAGACUUGAUCAAACCACAGAUCAAACUUCAUCCAGUCUUAGGACUUGAUCCAACUUCAUCCAGUCCUAAGACUUGAUCAAACUUCAUCCAGUCCUAGGACUUGAUCAAAACUUCAUCCGGACCUAAGAUUUGAUCAAACUUCAUUUAGUCCUAAGACUUGAUCAAACCACAGAUCAAACUUCAUCCAGUCUUAGGACUUGAUCAAAACUUCACGAAAUCGACCAUUCCUAUAUAAAAUUGUAAUAUUUCCACAUUCUACGAAUGAAAGAAGGCAUGCACAGUGUGGGUAAUAAUAUAAUUAUGAUAAUUUAAUGUUGCCUUUUUCACAAAGGAAUAUAAGUAGAAAUUAUUUUUGAGAAAUGUAAUGACUACGGUCCAAAUAUGUUUUAAGAAAUAAUGUAAAAGCUGAAUUUUACGUUGUAAAUAGUAUUUGAGAUACGAGAUUGUAGUAUAAUCAAAUAGGAUGUAAAAAUAGUCAAUCCCAAACUAAAAAGGGAAUACCAAAUGAAAAAUGGCUAAUUUAAUUUGUACAUUACACAUUGCAAAAGUGGGUAGAUAUUUCAUGCAUUUUAGAAACGUUUUAUGAUAAUCUGAAAAACACAGAUUUGGUUUAUUUCAUGUCAUAUAGAUGAAAAACAUUAAGAGCCUCCCCUCCCCCCAGUGUCUCUUCAGUUUUGAGAGAAUUACAAAAUUGUUCCUGAAGAAAAAUGGGGGGGGGGUCCGGACCCCUCUUCGCUCGAGACUGAGAUACAGAAUUUAUUGUAUACCGUCUUAAUGUAAGCAAAGACCAGGGUAUAUACAGUAUCAUGGAACUUCAAAUCUUCAAAGACAUAGCCAUGUUACAUGUCAAACUAAUAAGUAAAAUACAGAGAAAACAGGUUGUUACAUUAUACUACACUCGUCCACCUGUGCACAGAAGCAGUGGGUUGUCCAAAUUACAACUUGCAUCGACGGUAAUUAUUCUUUGCAAAUCUCUUGUUAUGCAUCAAAUAUCACAAUAAUCACACCCAUUUAUCAAUGCAAAUUUGAGGAACACUUCACACACC